GGAGCCCAAGUGCCAGGAUGCAAUCAUGAAUUACAUCCCCCGCCUGCUCAUGGCUCUGCUGUUCCAAGUGUCCAUGAGCACAGAGCAGGUGCCAGAAGAUGUGAACAGCUUCUGGAGGGGAUGCCUGGAGCAACACCGCCUCCCCACCCAGCCCAACAGGUUCUUGGUAGAGACCAUCAAGGCCCUGCUUUGCCAUCUGCCAUGGGAGGAUAUUUGGAUGGCAAGGAAGCGCAGGCUUGCCUGGGACCCGCUCCUGAAUUCUGACACCCAUCACUAUGCAGUGGGUCUGCAUGUCAGGGAGAUGCGCCGCCAAUUGACCCCCUCCCAUUCCCCACUGGCAAUCCACCUGCUGGGGCUGCUCAGCACUGAGGACCCCCGAUGGGAGCUGCCUGCCCUGGAGUUCCUUGUGGAGGUCCUGGACUAUCUGGACACAAGGAGAUGUCACAGCAGUGUUGAGCAGAUCCUGUCAAGGCACCUGCAGAGCCAGUGCCCAGAGAGACGUCACCUGGCUCUCCGAGGCCGCAUGGUGCUCUGGACGGAUCUGUCAAUGGCCCAAAGCAUCUGCAGCCUGUCCCAACACCUCCUGGAGCUGCUGCCUGAUGAAGACGGAGAGCUGGUCGUGAUGACCCUCUCUGUGUUUGUGAAUAUGCUCCGGGACAAAGACAUGCAGGCACUCAUCUCCACUGCCCCCAAGCUGGCUGAGGCGCUCCGGCCACUCUUUGACAACCUGUCCUCCUUUCGCUUCUUCCAAACGGUGAUGGAGGUACUGGUGGAAGGGGGAACAAGGCCCUUGGAGAUGCAGAUGCAUCAGAGCCUGGUGCUGUGGUUCUUCCUGCACUAUGAUGAGCACCAGUGCGUGGCAGAGGUGCCAACCAUCGUGAGAUCCAUGCACCAGUGCCUCACCUCCCACAUGGCUCCAGGGGUCACGAUGCACACCAACAUCUGCAGGCUCGCUGAGGCACAGCCACGUGAUGUGGUGAUGAGUCUCCUGCGCUGUGCCCCAGAGUGUGACAGAGCUGCUGCCAUGAUGUGGAGAAGCAUCGGCUCCUCAGGAACAACAGCGGAGAAGGUGCUGCCAACACUGCUCCGAGUGAUGGAGGACUGGCCAGUGCAUGGAAUGUCCACCUCCGAUGGCGACAGCAGAGAUGUCUUUACCUUGACUGCAACCCUGGCACUGUGGCUGAUCAUCCAGGAGCCCCAGUGCCAGGAUGCACUCAUGAAUUACGUCCCCCGCCUGCUCAUGGCUCUGCUGUUCCAAGUGUCCAUGAGCACAGAGCAGGUGCCAGAAGAGGUGAACAGCUUCUGGAGGGGAUGCCUGGAGAAACACCGCCUUCCCACCCAGCCCAACAGGUUUUUGGUCCAGACCAUCAAGGCCCUGCUGUGCCGGCUGCAGUGGGACAAUGAAGUGGUGUCAGUGGAGCGCAGGUGUGGCUGGGACACGCUCCUCUGUGCUGACACCCAGCACUAUGCAGUGGGGCUGCUGGCCAGGGAGAUGCGCCACGUCUUGGUCCCUUUCUAUUCCCCCAUGGCAAUCCACCUGCUGGGGCUGCUCAGCACUGAGGACCCCCGUUGGGAGCUGCCUGCCCUGGCCUUCCUUGUGGAGGUCCUGGACUUUCUGGAUGGGAGCAAAUGUCAUGACAGGGUCCUGCCCAUCCUGUCGAGGAACCUGCGGAGCCAGUGCCCAGAGAGGCAGCGCCUGGCACUCAGAGGCCUCCUGGUGCUUGCUGUGGAUCCCUCAAUGGCCCAAAGCAUCUGCAGCCUUUCCCAACACCUCCUGGAGCUGCUGCCUGAUGAAGAUGGAGAGCUGGUCGUGAUGACCCUCUCUGUGUUUGAGAGUGUGCUCCGGGAUGAAGACAUUCGGGCAUUCGUCUCUACUGCCCCCAGGCUGGCUGAGGCGCUCCGGCCACUCUUUGACAACGACAACACCCACGUGCAGCUGCUCUCCAUUCGCCUCUUCCGAGAGCUGAUGGAGGUGCUGGCAAGAGAGGGAACACAGCUCUUGGAGACUCAGGUGCACCAGAGCCUGGUCCCACUGUUCAUCCAUGGGCAUGACGAGAACCAGUGCGUGGCAGAGGCCUCUCGAGAAGUGCUGCUUUGCGCUGCAAGGUUCCUCAAGAGAAGGGACCUGGAGAAACUGCUGAGGAAAGAGCAGCACUUCAAGUUCUGUGAUUGCCUGAUGGACAAGGACGUGAGCCGAAGGGCUGAGCACCUGCACCAGGCCCUGCCCUACCUGCAGAGCCCACAGCAGCCCCUGCGAGAGGCGGCCGUCAGGUUCAUGGGAGUGGCUGCCUGGCACAUGCAAGACCUGCAGCUCCUCAUGAGGGCCUUUGAAGCCAUCAGCCAAGACGACUGCCCGUCCUACUGCACCAUGCGGACUGAAUUCUUGUCCGCUUUCAGACGGGCAGUAACAAAGUAAUCUCCAGCCAGACAACCUGCGUCCCUCCAACAGCACCGGAAGACCAAGGGACGAGACCACUUCUCAGUGGAGCUGGAGAUUCAGCUGAUGCUGGGCCCAACUGAGCCAGCCGGCAAGGCCAGGCAGCUCCUGGCCUGCCCAUCUUUAUGGACAGCCCCUUCCCAAACCUUCCCAUACCUUCCCAAACCUUCCCUUCCUAAACCUUCCCAAACCUUCCCUUCUCAACC